AAAGCAAAAGGGAGAGGGUUGUAAUAAAAAAAAUGCUGAAAAAGAAAAGAAGCACAUUGCCAACUCUUCCAUCUCUGAGUCACAAACUGACGGCAAAAGGGUCUUCCCUCUCUCUACACAGAUGAAAAUUCCCUGUUCUCCAUUAUCUCAGCUCUUUCAUACACAUUCUUCAGUUUGCUUUGUUCAUGCAAGAUCCAAAGAACUCUCACACAAGGAAGCCCUGGUAUCAGAGAGCAAUGCAGAUGGCUACUGUGUGGAAAACUGUUCCUAAAUCUGAAGGGAUUCCUAUGCCAAAUACCACAUUAUGGAAAACAAUAUCCAAGCCUACAGAAAUCCCUGCGGCAAAUGGAAUACUAUGGAAGGCAAUUCCAAAGCCUGUGGAAGUUCCAACAUCUAAUCCCAAUAGAGAGAAGCUAAGAAAAUGCACCUCUCUAAGAGUUGCCUCUUCGUUUACUAGAGUUUGUUUAUGUGCACCAAUAUCUUCCUACAAUGAGGUUUUUCGUGCUGAUGUUCCCCCUAGAAGAAGCAACAGUUACCCUAGGGCAAAGACAUUUCCUGCAUCCCAAGAAAGAACCACUAGUGCGAGGCUUAGCAUGGAAGGAAGAAGAGUUUUCAGGGGAAAAUCUUUAACUGACGAUGUAUUGAUGAGAAGAUUUGUUGUGGAAGAGGAAGCAAUGAUGCAAAUUAGAAGGAGGAACCAAAUGGAAGUCAUUAGGAGGAGAAGCAUGAUAAGAAGGAAGAAGCUUGGUCCUAGUCCUCUUAGUAGAAUGGUACUAGCUGAGAAAGAUGAAACUUAAUUAUCACUUUUUUCUUUCCAAUUGGCUUCAUUUCUUGUACCUUCUAUGAUCCUUAAUUACUUCUUUUGCUAUUGAAAUCAAAUGUUAUUGGCGGU